UUAAAACCGCUUUGCCAGAGAACGUGCCCAGUAAAUAUGCUAUACAGAGCGCAUUAACCAUUAAAUAGUGUUUAAAUUUAAGAGCAUGUGAAUUAUUUACGCGCUUCGCUAAUUAAAAUCAGAUUUCAGCCAUGCGCUUAUUUAACUGUCGGACAAGGGAAUAAACCUGGAAAACUCUACGCAGCCAGCCUGUUUGUGAGAUGAAUAUUUUAAUUAAUAUUUCCAGUCAUGCUGAUAUGUUGAAAGUUAUUCGUAUAAAACACAAUAGUUUACAGCAUUGUUAUCAACACUUAUCAAGUAAAAGUACAAGUCAUCUAAUGUAAUAAAUAUUAAGAUUAGAACAUUAACAUGAGUCGUAGAGAAGAGAAAAGAAGGAGAGUAAACAAAUUCUGAAUCGAGUUUAUUUUUGAAAGUAAAUCAAUAUCUCAGAAUACAAUAAUAUAUUAAAAUAUCAGGAUAUACCGUAACGAAUUUAAUAUAGAGGAAUUGUUCAUUUACUUUGUGAUAAACAAGAGUUCAUAAAUAUGAUUUAUAAAGUUCAUGUUUCCGCUCGUUACGUAUUGGUAUUCUCUAUAUUUUUGACAUACACAAUAAUGAACUGCCAAAGAUCUGUGUUGAGUGUCGCUAUUUUAGCCAUGGUUAAUCAUUCAGCCAUCUACAGCAUGUAUAAUACAACGUCUUCAAAGGAAUGUCCAGAAAAAUCUACCCAUAAUUCUGCAUCUACUUAUAAAGAGGGCUCCUAUGUAUGGACACAACCCACUCAAGGAAUAAUUCUAGGAAGUUAUUUCUAUGGUUUGGUAUUAGCCCAACUUGUAGGAGGGACCAUUACAUUUUUACUUGGACCAAAGAAAAUUUUCAUAAUUUCUUUAUCUCUUUCUUCAUUAUUUAUCAUUUUGACGCCAUUGUCUGCAGAUGUCGGUGUUUUAGUUAUAUCAUUAUGUCAAGCUAUCGUCGGAUUUGGGCAAGGACUUGUAUUUCAUGGAUCUUUCACACUAUUAGGAAGAUGGAGUCCAGAAAACGAAAAGUCUACUUUAUCAUCAAUUUCUUAUUCUGGUACACAAGCCGGUACAUUUCUUGGUUUAAUAACCACAGGAUAUCUUUGUGAACAUAAAGGAUGGCCUUUCAGCUUCUAUGCAUUUGGAAUAUGUGGGAUCAUCGUUUCUUUAUGUCUUAUGUUUACAAUUUAUGACAGACCUCAAGAACAUCCCAGAAUAUCUAGCAAAGAAUUAAUAUUUCUUAACGAAAGCAUAAAAAAUAUUUCUUCAGGGGAAAAAAAGUUGAGUAUUCCCUGGAAAGGAAUUUUAACAUCGAGAAUAGUAUGGAUACUGGCUUUGACAAAAAUAUGUUGGGGUGUCGGUUAUUUUACAAUAUUGACUAAAUUUCCAUCAUAUUUAGAGAUCAUUCUGCACUUUCCUAUCAAACAGAAUGGAUUACUGAAUUCAGUAGUUUAUACCCUGGAUUCUUUAACGAUAUUUACGUCUGGUUUCAUUGCCGAUUUUAUGAAAAGACGUAAUUAUUUCAGCAUUACUAAUAUCAGGAAAAUUUUCGAAACAGUUGCUACGUUUGGCCCGGCAGCGUGCAUCGUAGCGAUUCCAGUUUUAGGCUGUGAGAGUACAACAGUAAUUAUAUGUUUAAUAAUUGGAAUGGGUUGUUUCGGUUUCAAUAAUUCAGGGGAUGUUGCAAUAGUGCUUGAUUUAGCACCGGAAUUUGCAGGUGUAAUUUACGGAUUGACAAACGGUUUAUGCAACAUCGCAGGCAUACUAUCACCUUAUGCUGCUGGUGUUAUAUUAGAUAGAAAUCAAGGAUACAUGGUUCAAUGGAGCUAUGUGUUUUAUAUGGCAUCUUUCGCUUAUUUUCUGAGUGGUGUUAUAUUUCUAUUCGGAGCAACUGCAGAACUUCAACCUUGGGCUACCAUUAAUACAGACACCGAAAUACAUAACAAAAAUUUAAACAAGAAUAGAAGAGUAAAGUUGUUUAGAAUGAUAACAACCCCUUUUGCGGGUUAAUAAUCAAAAGCAAGAGCGUUGUUGACAAAUACACUGAGACCGCUCUUCUAUACCUUUACUUUUUAAUUAAUUACUGAUCGUAGAAAGUGUGUGGUUUGUUUGAAUUCGAAAGUAUGGUAAAGAUAUUGAUAAUUGAUUCCAUUUACAUUUCACCAGCCAUUUAUCUAAAUCUCUAAAAAACGAAGAUUACUGUUAAGAUUCACAAUUUAUUUUCGUAAUCACUCCAGUAUUGUGUUACACAUAAAUUAAAUGUAGACGUAUUUUUGUUUUUUUAUUCUUUUUAUCGGAAUAAUUUUAAUAGUUCCUGUAAACAGAAUUUUGCGAAUUUUAU